AUGUCGGACUGUGGGAUACCCAUUGGUAUACAAAAUACCGCGUGGGAUGUACAAGGUGGGGACGGGAUAGGAAUAUAUAAACAAAUGCACAUGAAAUGUUAUUCGUUUGUACAGAGAAGAUCCGGAAGAUUUUUGUGUCUUGGGAAUGGAACCUGGAAAUCGGACUUGGCUUGUCAAGUUAUUUCUAUAGAUUGUAAGGACCUCCAUGAUAAUGGUCAGACUAAUUCAGGUGUGUACGAGAUUUAUCCCUUUGGUACCAGCUCCCGUCCUGUCAGAGUUUACUGUGAUAUGGAGACAAUGGACGGAGGGUGGACGGGAAUCCAAAAACGUGUUGAUGGAUCCCUAAGCUUUGACAGGACAUGGACAGAAUAUAAAAAAGGAUUUGGUGACCCGGAUCAGGAUGUUUGGAUCGGAAAUGACGUAAUCCAUCUGUUAACGAAGGGAAAGAACUCAUCCCUUUACGUUUCCAUCACACUAGUGGAUGGUAGCAGACUGUAUGCGUUGUACGAUCAAUUCUCUGUUUCCAAUGAAGAGGACAAGUAUCGACUCUUUCUGGCGGGGUUCUUCGAGGGAAGCUUGGGUGACAGUAUGUUGAACACUGGGGAUCCAUCACAUGAUCUCUCUGGGAUGUACUUCUCUACCCCAGAGAGAGAUAAUGACAGGUUCACUAGGGGAAGCUGUGCUAGUAUCUGUAAAGGAGGCUGGUGGUUUAACAACUGUUACGCCGCCUUCCUAAAUGGUGUCAUGUCAGGAUUCUGGACCAGUCCUUGGACUCCUACAGUUAGGGUUGGGUCAUCUGUAAAGGAGACGAUCAUGAUGACUAAACGUCACUAG